AUGCAGCUCCACUACGACACUGCUCAUGCACCCGCCGCGUUCCACGCGCAGUCGUCGCGCAAGGCCCUCAAGGGCCAGUACAUGGUCAUUCUCAAGCCCGGUGUUGACAUGGCCACGUUUGCACUCCACCGCCAGACGGUUGCCGCCGCCCAGUCGACGGCCGAUGCCCACCUGGCCGACGCAGAGGAGCGAGGCAUCCGCCACGUCUACGACCUCGAGGGCCAGCUGCAGGGCUACGCCGGCAAGUUCUCCGACGACGUCCUCUCCUACAUCCGUGCCCACCCCGAGGUCGAGUACGUCGAGCAGGACUCGGAAGUGACGACGAUGGAGAUGCCCGACGACGGCAACAACGUCUGGGAUGUUGGCUACGACGUCAAGAUCGAGGAUGCCUUUUCGGCCCUGGGCGCGCCCCAGCUCUCGAAGCAGUCGCUCGAAAAGGGCGCUCCCUGGGGCCUCGUCCGCGUCUCGCACCGCGACGCCGUCUCGUUCAAGAACUUUGGCCAGUACCUCUACCAGGGCCAGGGCGGCGAGGGCGUGACUGCCUACAUCAUCGACACGGGCAUCAACAUCGACCACGUCGAGUUCGAGGGCCGCGCCACCUGGGGCAAGACGAUGCCCGUCAACGACGAGGACAAGGACGGCAAUGGCCACGGCACGCACUGCGCCGGCACCAUUGGCUCGCGCAAGUACGGCGUCGCCAAGAAGGCCGAGCUCGUCGCCGUCAAGGUGCUCAGCUCCAGCGGCUCCGGUUCCAUGUCCGAUGUCACCGGCGGUGUCCUCUGGGCCGUCGAGGAUGCCAAGAAGAAGACAAAGGCCAUGGCGGCGAGCCCCAACUCUGAAAAGGCAAAGAAGCACCGUGGGUUUGUUGCCAACAUGAGCCUGGGCGGUGGCAAGAGCCCCACGCUUGACCGUGCCGUCAAUGGCGCCGUGGCCAGCGGCAUGCACUUUGGCGUCGCUGCCGGCAACGAGAACCAGGAUGCAUGCAACGUCUCCCCUGCUGGCGCCUCGAACCCCGUGACGGUGGGCGCCAUGACGCUGGCUGACGUCGGCGCCAGCUUCUCCAACUGGGGCAAGUGCGUCGACGUCUUUGCACCCGGCCUCAACAUUCUCAGCACCUGGAACUCGGGCAACACGUCGACCAACACCAUCUCGGGCACCUCGAUGGCCUCGCCCCACGUCGUCGGCAUGCUCGCCUACCUCCUCUCCAUCUACGGCUCCGAAGAGUUUGACAUCGUCGAGACGUCGCUCUCUGGCGGCCUUCCCUUCAGCUCCGAAGCCCAGUCGCUCGACAUGACCGACUUCACCGACUCUGUGGCCAGCAAGCUCCACUCGAUCAUGCCCUUCUCUUCGCUCGCCUUUGACUUCGUCUCUGGCCUCUUUGGCGGUGCCAAGAAGAGCAGCAGUGCUCAGGUUGCCAUGGCCCCCGUGCCCAAGAAGCCCGACGUGGCCUCGGUCCUGCACCCUGCUGACCUCAAGAAGGCAAUGAUCAAGCUCUCCACCAGCGGCAAGCUCAACGACAUUGGCCAGGACAGCCCCAACUACCUCAUCUUCAACAAUGCCACGCUCACCAAGUGA